UUAUUUACUAGUUCAAUGAAAACCCACUCACUGCUUGUCAAUUUGAGCUGUCAAAACAAAAUUUAUUGGAAUCGGAGAAGAUUGAGAGGCGUUAACCAAGAGAGUAUCCCUAAAAAAUCCCUGUUAGUCAAAAUGAUUCGCUUCAUUUUAAUUCAAAAUCGUGCGGGUAAGACGCGUCUGGCGAAGUGGUAUAUGAAUUUCGACGAUGACGAAAAACAGAAGCUUAUUGAAGAAGUACACGCCGUAGUCACAGUCAGAGACGCGAAGCACACCAACUUUGUUGAGUUCCGAAACUUCAAGAUAGUGUACCGGCGGUAUGCGGGGCUGUACUUCUGCAUCUGCGUGGACGUGAACGACAACAACCUGUGCUACUUGGAGGCCAUCCACAACUUUGUGGAGGUCCUCAAUGAGUACUUCCACAAUGUCUGCGAGCUGGACCUUGUCUUUAACUUCUACAAGGUGUACACAGUAGUGGAUGAGAUGUUCCUGGCAGGAGAGAUCCGGGAAACCUCACAGACCAAGGUCCUCAAGCAACUGCUCAUGCUCAACUCCCUCGAGUAAUGCCUCUCUACAUCUCCCACGCAAGCACAGCCUCCAAUCAUUCAGGUAGUACACACUUUAAACCUAAAAUGGCAACAGUUUGAAGAUUGGACAUAGUUCAGCAUGACCCAAAGAAUGUUGAGUUUUAGUGGUCAAACAUAAACAUUGUUUUAGAAAUAAACCAAUUUACUUUAACUGGGUCCAACUUUGAAACUCUGUUUUAAAAUUUAGAUAUUAAAAUGGCAGUUCAACUGUACCAAUUUAUCAAAUUGAUCUUGCAAUUUAGUACAAAAUUGGGAGAACAAGUAUGGUUAGAUAGUAAAUUGAACUGACAUUUUAGUAUGUAGAAUUUAAUAAUAAAGAUUACAACUUUACAUACUUGUUUUGCCAUUCACUGUUUUUAGUAAAGAUGUGGAGGUAGCUAUAAUGUUGAUACUGCAAUAAUUUGUAUACUAUGUGGCCACACAAGUCUCGCAGCCCUAGAAGGGAACAGUAUUACUUUGGUAGUAAAUACUUGUUAAUAUUAUGAAGGAAUUUUUUAUCAUCUCUAUUAGUUAUUUAUACAUUUCCAGUUCCACUCUGUUUAUUUACGUAAACUUUAGAAAAACCUGGUAAAAUAAAGUAAUUCUGGUAGAAUGCAAGAAACAGAUUUAUUCAGACAGUUUAUCAUUCCCUUCUUUAACACCAGCAGUACAACUACUGGAAUAAGUUGAUUUGUAUUUAUAAAUGAAAUAUAUGAUCUGUAAUAUUACACUAGGUGUAUGAAGAUAUUAGAAAAUUAUUAGCUUGUGUUAAGUGUAUAAGUAUGAGUAUUUUAAUCUAUUUUAUUUAUUUUUAAUACUCAUUCCAUUUCUUAGGGUCUUGUAUGGAAUAUAUCUUGGGCUCUGUAGUAGCUUAUGGUAAUGAAUUGGUGAGGCAAUAAUAUAAACACUUUUUUCAUAGUAAUGGUUGAUAAGUUUAUUAUGAAAAACAAAGUUAAUUGUAACAUUAUCUGAGCAUAUAUGAAGACAUUAUGGAAUAAUAAAUAAAAUAACUUAGCUUCAUCUUAAGUAACACAUUUCACUAUAAAGUGUAUUGUAUAUAAAAGAUUGUAUCAAUAAGUGUUGUAUGUUUCCGUAGAGAAAUAUCAUGAUAUGAAAGAGUAAUAAUAAAUCAUAUUUAUGAC